CCGAGCCCCGCGCGGGAGGCGGGAUGCCCCGAGGCCGCCGCACUUGGGCUCGCGCGCUGCCCUGAGCCAGCCGGCCCAGCCGCGGCGGGCGCGCGGCGCCGCGGACGCCAUGGAGCAGUGGCGGCAGUGUGGCCGCUGGCUCAUCGACUGCAAGGUCCUGCCGCCCAACCACCGCGUCGUGUGGCCCUCGGCUGUGGUCUUCGACCUGGCGCAGGCGCUGCGCGACGGGGUCCUUCUGUGCCAGCUGCUGCACAACCUUUGCCCCGGCUCCAUCGACCUAAAGGACAUCAACUUCCGGCCGCAGAUGUCCCAGUUCCUGUGUCUGAAGAACAUACGCACCUUCCUUAAAGUCUGCCACGACAAAUUUGGACUAAGAAACAGCGAGUUGUUCGACCCCUUUGACCUCUUCGAUGUCCGAGACUUCGGAAAGGUCAUCUCUGCGGUGUCCAGACUGUCCCUGCACAGCAUCGCGCAGAACAAAGGGAUCAGGCCGUUUCCCUCGGAGGAGACCACAGAGAAUGACGAUGACGUCUACCGCAGCCUGGAGGAGCUGGCCGACGAGCAUGACCUGGGGGAGGACAUCUACGACUGCGUCCCGUGCGAGGACGGAGGGGACGACAUCUACGAGGACAUUAUCAAGGUGGAGGUGCAGCAGCCCAUGAAGAUGGGCAUGACCGAGGACGACAAGAGGAGCUGCUGCUUGCUGGAGAUACAGGAGACGGAGGCCAAGUACUACCGCACGCUGGAGGACAUCGAGAAGAACUACAUGAGCCCCCUGCGGCUGGUGCUGAGCCCGGCGGACAUGGCAGCCGUCUUCAUCAACCUGGAGGACCUGAUCAGGGUGCACCACAGCUUCCUGAGGGCCAUCGGCGUGUCCGUGACGGCGGGGGGCGGCGCUCUGGCCAAGGUCUUCCUCGAGUUCAAGGAAAGGCUCCUGAUCUACGGGGAGUACUGCAGCCACAUGGAGCACGCCCAGAACACGCUGAACCAGCUGCUGGCCAGCCGAGAGGACUUCAGGCAGAAGGUCGAGGAGUGCACACUGAAGGUCCAGGACGGGAAGUUCAAGCUGCAAGACCUGCUGGUGGUGCCCAUGCAGAGGGUGCUCAAGUACCACCUCCUCCUGAAGGAACUUCUGAGCCAUUCUACUGACCGGCCCGAGAGGCAACAGCUCAAAGAAGCACUGGAAGCCAUGCAGGACUUGGCCAUGUACAUCAACGAAGUUAAACGGGACAAGGAGACCUUAAAGAAAAUCAGUGAAUUUCAGAGUUCUAUAGAAAACUUGCAAGUGAAACUGGAGGAAUAUGGCAGGCCAAAGAUUGACGGGGAGCUCAAAGUCCGGUCCAUAGUCAACCACACCAAGCAAGACAGGUACCUGUUCCUGUUUGACAAGGUGGUCAUCAUCUGCAAACGGAGGGGCUACAGCUACGAGCUAAAGGACAUCAUCGAGCUGCUCUUCCACAAGAUGACGGACGACCCCAUGAACAACAAGGACAUCAAGAAGUGGUCCUAUGGCUUCUACCUGAUUCACCUUCAAGGAAAGCAAGGCUUCCAGUUUUUCUGCAAGACGGAGGACAUGAAGAGGAAGUGGAUGGAGCAGUUCGAGAUGGCCAUGUCAAACAUCAAGCCAGACAAGGCCAACGCCAACCACCACAGCUUCCAGAUGUACACGUUCGACAAGACCACCAACUGCAAAGCCUGCAAAAUGUUCCUCAGGGGCACCUUCUACCAGGGUUACCUGUGCACCAAGUGUGGCGUCGGGGCGCACAAGGAGUGCCUGGAGGUGAUGCCUCCCUGCAAGAUCAGUUCUCCAGCAGACCUGGAUGCCUCUGGAGCGGGACCAGGUCCCAAGAUGGUGGCCGUGCAGAAUUACCAUGGCAACCCGGCUCCUCCCGGGAAGCCUGUGCUGACCUUCCAGACGGGGGACGUGAUUGAGCUGCUGAGAGGAGACCCCGAGUCCCAGUGGUGGGAGGGCCGGCUCGUGCAAACCAGGAAGUCUGGGUACUUCCCCAGCUCAUCUGUGAAGCCCUGCCCUGUGGAUGGACGGCCGCCCAUCAACCGGCCACCGUCCCGGGAGAUCGACUACACUGUGUACCCCUGGUUCGCGGGCAGCAUGGAGCGGCAGCAGUCAGACAACCUGCUCAAGGCCCACGCCAGCGGCACCUACCUGAUCCGCGAGCGGCCCGCCGAGGCCGAGCGCUUCGCCAUCAGCAUCAAGUUCAACGAUGAGGUGAAGCACAUCAAGGUCGUGGAGAAGGACAACUGGAUCCACAUCACAGAAGCCAAGAAAUUCGACAGCCUCUUGGAAUUGGUGGAGUACUACCAGUGCCACUCACUCAAGGAGAGCUUCAAGCAGCUGGACACCACGCUCAAGUACCCCUACAAGUCUCGGGAGCGCUCCACCUCCAGGGCCUCCAGCCGGUCCCCAGUGUUCACACCCCGGGUCAUCGGCACGGCUGUGGCCAGGUACAACUUCGCAGCGCGGGACAUGCGGGAGCUCUCGCUGCGGGAAGGCGACGUGGUGCGGAUCUACAGCCGCGUCGGCGGGGACCAGGGCUGGUGGAAGGGCGAGACGAGCGGACGGAUCGGUUGGUUUCCGUCGACGUAUGUUGAAGAGGAGGGCGUCCAGUGACCACAGGAGCGCAGCAGCCUCGCGGAUUUCCUCGGGAGAGUUGCUCCAGCUCAGAAGUCUGUCUCCAGCUCCACCGUGACUCAGAGGGAAACGCUCUCCAACUUCCCACGGCCCACAGGGAGGGGGAGGGUGUUCAAAAUUCUGAAUACGAACCGUUUCACCAUCAGUCUGCCGCUGGGUGCGCUACUUGUACAUAGAGGAAACCUAGGCCAGCCCCCCAGAGUGCAAGGAGCCGAAGCGCCGGCAGUGCUGUGUGGCCCUGGGUGACAGAGCUCGGUGCUCGCCCCUCGGGCCGAGCUGGCCUUCAGGAGCCUCAGUUCAGACAGCAGAUCUGUCCAAGGAGGCCUGGGGACAGCAAAGGGGACCUGCCCCAGCCCCUCUGCUCAGCCUCCGCCCUCAGCCUGCUGCUCCUGCUGCUCCGGGGGAGGCCUCGGGCCUGGAGAGGCAAAGGGAGCCCGGCUGUGCCUGGGCGUGGGAGGAGAGAGCCUUGCAUGGGGGCCCUGCAGUCCUGGCUCCCCCGGGCUGCCUAGACCCCCUCACUUCCCUCCACGCCAGGGGCGUGCAGAGACCCCACGGCACCCCCUCUCCCGGGAGGGGCUCAGGAAGGGGCUGUCGCUGCACCUGCUGCCCAGUCGAUGGUACUGUUCUUUGCCCUGCUUGCCCCGCCCUGAGGCCAGGCAUAUACGUCUUUGCAGACCCUGAAACGGGCAGGGAAGGAAACAGAGUUUUCCCUUGAGAGGCCCCUGCGGCUCACGGGCCUGUCCAGGGGGUGGCCGGUCUGGGCCUCCUCUCCCUGCCAGGUGGUCCCGGAGGGCCUGCCCAGCCUUUGUAAGAGAUGUCGGUUCAAGCGUGGCGGGACCUGCUUCCGGGGGCUUCUGCAGCCCACACUGGGCCUGUGGCCAACCCAGAAUAAGUGCUCUUGGGGGUGCUCCCCCUUCCUGACGACUCCUGGCCUUUGACCUCUGGCAGGUUUAGCCAGACCCUGUUUUCUCUACCCUAAUGUUGCAUGAGACCUAGGGACACCAUCUCCCUCCCAGCUCCGAGCCAAAGCUUCUGCUGAGACCUGGGCUCCCUGGGGCCCCCUCCUUCAGCCACCUGCGCAGCCUAUGGGAGGAGGGGACCAAGUCAAGGCCAGGUGUUGGGGAGACUGGUCCCUGCAGAGGGCGGGGCCUGGGCACCAGGUGGCAGGGUCAGGAGGGUGGGGGCGCCCAGCGGGGGGAGACGCCCUGCAAAGGCUGGAGACGUGGAGGAGCCUUGGCCGGGGAGCGCACGCCCAGGCCUGUGUGUCGCGUGCACGGAGCACUUUGGAGGGACCCUCAGCCCCGCCGUGAGCCCAGGACGGCAGGGGGACCAGCCAGCCCCCUUUGUGUUUACUGUUGUCAGAAAGUUCCUGUGUGUUGGUUUUGGGAUUUUUGUUUUGUUGUGUUUUGUUUGGCUUGUUUGUUUUUUAAGGGGAAAAAAGUUUGUAAUUAUUUCAUCCAAAUCUCCCGUGAUAUAUCUGUGAAUAAUAAGGAAGAGAUUUUAUAAUGGCAAGAAAAUGAUGUAUAUUUUAGUUUGUCAGGAAACAAGUCGUCAUGAUAACGAAAGACUGAGAAAAAUAAUUUAGAACCCUGGAUUUUGUGAAUCUUUUUGUUUUGUGUUUGUUUUGAAAUUUGUGUUCAGUUGGGUUUUGUUUUGCACUGCACUAAGCAGGGUGGUUGGAGGACUGGGGCAGGCUGGGACGCAGUGUCAGCAAGAGAGGGGACGUCCCCGGGCGGGGGGGGGCUUAGCACCUGGGGCCGACAUCAGCUGUGAACAGAGGAGUGGCUGCAUGUGGGCCGGGGGCCCCGGGCCCCUGCGGCUGGUGGUGACCCCAGUGGAACACGGACUGUACACUUGCCAAUGGGUUUUUUCAGACCACAGUUUUUACUGCAAAUAAACCUAGUUCUUUUCUGCA